UUAGUAGCGCAUCCGACACGCGUUGAAAUGUUUAUUCCGAGGUGAAAUACUUCCACCAUUUCCAAAAUAACUGUUGGAUCUGGUCGGUGAUCCUCGAAGGAAUAUGUUAAAUUGAUUUUUAUGGCCAUGGAAUACAGCAUUAUUUAAUUAUGGCUACAAGAGUUAACUUGCAGUCGACAGGCUCCAAGACGUGGUUUGAGGUAUUCUUGGUCGCAAAGGAUUUUAAUUGCUAACUUUCGGUGUGAAAGCUUCGUUGAAAAGGUCCAUAGAUGGACCUGUUUAUUGAGACGUUAACUGGAACAGCCUUCGAGUUACGAGUUAGUCCUUUUGAAACCAUCAUGAGCGUAAAAGCUAAGAUUCAACGUCUAGAAGGCAUUCCAAUGUCUCAGCAGCAUUUGAUAUGGAGAUCUGUUGAGUUAGAAGAUGAUUAUUGUCUCCAUGAUUAUAAUAUUGCAGAUGGAGCAACGUUACAACUGGUGCUAGCGAUGAGAGGUGGCCCUAUCAAUACCAGAAGAAUUCCUGUUGAAGAUCCUACUAUACGAGAAAUGGCUGAAUACAUGGAAGUAAACAGGGAUGAAAUAUGGGAUAAACUACCCAAAGAUAACCGCCAAGUGACUUUACUUGUUUUUAGGGAUGGAGACCAGUUGAAUUUUUUCCGAGUGGUGGACAGAGGUGAUGGAACACUAACCCCUCUUUCAGACUCAUUAAGUGGUGCUUCAAUGUACAAUUUGUAUGACGAAGAGGAAGAGGAUAAUCAACCUCCAAUAUCACAGGAAGCCAUUAAGGAAAACAGUGUCACUAUGAACAAAAUGAGAGUUCUUAAGAAUAAAAUGGAAUCACAGAAAAACAUGAAGCCUAAAUAUCAACCAGCACCACCACCUACUGAAAAACCUACUAGUACAUCUAUUCUAAGUGCAAGAAGAAGGUUGCAAUUAACCUCUGCUUCAGCUACAACAAAAACUCAUGAGACAGCAUUCCGAGUUGUUGACCAUCAGUCAGCAACUAGACAUCAACCUAAGGCUGGAGCAGUUCAAGGUUCACCUUCAAAACAAUCAAGUGCAACAAGCAGGGUCAUGCCUAAAGGGCCUUUGCCACCUGUCAAUACAAGAAGAAAAACAAGUCAAAUUGAUGUAUCAGACUUCUUAGUACAACCUAGCCAAGAUACAAAAAUUGUUCCUUCAAGUCGAGCACUUUCAAGGAGUGCAAUUAAAGAAGGAAGAAAGGCAAUAUCAGAGAUAGUGAAAGACUCUAAAGAAAUUAAACCCCUGGGAAGUAUAUCAAAACCUGUUAGUCAUCACAAAGAAACAAGGACUUCAAGCCCAUCACAUGGGGCAACUAGCUUAGAUUAUGCAUCUGGAAGUGCUAGUUUACGACGAUCAAGAAUUCCUGAGGAUUCUUCCAGUGUUAGGUAUCCUUUAGAUAUGUCAACAGGAAGUGGUGGAUUCAGACGGCUUCGUGGGAUGGAAAAUCGAGUUCCAACUCCAGAAGGAAGAAGAUCUGGACUUUUGAAUGAUUCCCUGUCAUAUUCAUAUCGAAUUUCUCAUGGAAGUGCAUCAAAUAAUUCUCCUUCACACUCACAUCAUCUUCCUCCUGUAAAAACAAAACCACAUCCACCACCACAACUUUUGCCUGCAGUCAAAAAGAAGACUAGAUGUUUUUUGUGUGGGAAAAAAACAGGAUUAGCCACAACAUACCAAUGCAGAUGUGGAAACUCAUUUUGUGCAACACACCGCUAUGCAGAAGCUCACAGCUGUACAUAUGACUACAAAAGUGAAGGAAGAAAGAUAAUUGAACAGAACAAUCCUGUUAUAGCAGCACCCAAGCUCCCCAAAAUCUGACAGUUUCCUCAAAAGCAGUUAUGUACGAUUACAAGUCAGAUAAAUAUAUUUUGUAAAUAUGUUCCAAGUCAACUAAAAAUUAAUGCCUUGAUGGUAUGCAUCAUGUAGAUGUGAAAGUCACUGGGAUAUUGAAGUUUCUUGUUUUGUUUACUUUUGGUACCAUGCAUGGCAACUGCUAUUAUUAGUUACUUUGUCUGAAAAAUAUUGGUAGCCUACCGAUUAAUAAUCCUAGGCAAUGGAAUUGCUGUGCAAUGUAUGUUUAGGUUUUUGGCAUGGUUUGUCUCCACACAGUAUCAGUGUUUUGAAAAUAUAAUUUUGUGCAGUCUUUAUCCUUAUUUAAACUUUAAUUCAAGAGGAGGCUUUGUUAACAUUUUUUAGUGCCUUGUAGGUUUCUAUAUAUACUUUUAUAGUUUUUUUUUCGUCUUAUAACAGGGGUCUUUAAGUAGUAACUUCAGCCAUUCUUCUAUGUGGUAGAUAAGCGUGGUUACAUUCUAUUUGUGAGUGGUUCAUUGAACUUUGAAUUUUUGUAAGGUUCCUUUCUCUUUGUCCAUAAUCCAUUGUACAUAAAUUAUAGCAAAGCUAUUCCAUGGUCACUUGUAAACAAACUGAGCUACUAAAGGAGCAGGUGAUUGAGUUAAUAAAAGAAAAAAUACAUGGGUAUUGCAGUAGA